AAAUCAGGGCAUCCCCAGCCCCACCCCACCUGCAGAGAGUGUAGGGAAAUUUUCUUCUUGUGAGUGUGGUGUAUUAUUUCUCUGAAGAUUAAUGAAAAGGCAAUUCCUUGUCAGAGCCGGUCCCUAUAUUCAUCACGAAGAAUAAAAGCAAAGAGAAAAGCGAGAGAAAAGAAGCCCACUUUCUUUUCUAUUUGCUUUGUGUUAUUUUUUUGUCGGGUGGAAAGGUUUUCUCAGUAGUGUUCAGAAUCCAUAAACAUACAAAACCUAGUAGCUAUUUAUACUCCCCUAUUGGGCUCUUUUUGUUCUUUGUGAAUUGUGAGAUGGAGACGAUGUAUUAUCAGUUAGCCAAGUCUUCUUACCAGGAAUCGCUCAAAGUUUUGGAGGCCGAUAUACAGCAUGCUAAUGAUCUGGCUGCUUCACUUCCAAGAGCAAAGGGUGGAGCACGUCUUCAAAUGAAAUUGGUUUACAAUCAGUUUGCUCCCCUCUUUUGGUUUUUGUUACAAUGGAUGAACUCUUCCUGCGUAUGUCUACCGCCCAGAUACCUAAACUUCUUCAACAUACUUGUAUAUAAGGUAUAUGCCAAUGAUCAAUCAAGACAAUCUUCACACGGAAGGAAGGCAACAAUAAGGGAAUUUUAUGGCGUUAUAUUACCAUCUCUUCAACGGCUCCACGGUAGUUUGGGUGAAUUUGAUGAUUCUGAGGAAAGGCAUACUGACAUUUUGAGUUUUGAUAGAAGAAUAGUGGAAGGAGACACCCAUUUUCCCAAAGUUGAUUUGGACAGAGAAGAUGAAUGUGAUAUCUGCCUAGAGCCCUGUACCAAAAUGGUGUUGCCUAAUUGCUGUCAUGCCAUGUGCAUGAAAUGCUACCGCAAUUGGAACAGAAAGUCUGAGUCAUGCCCUUUUUGUCGUGGUAGUUUGAAGAGAGUUAAUUCAGAAGACUUAUGGGUGCUUACUUGUGAUGAUGAUGUGAUUGAUCCUGAAACUGUUUCCAAAGAAGACUUGUUGCGCUUCUACCUCUAUAUCAAUAGCCUGCCGAAAUAUUACUCAGAUGCGCUCUUUUUAGUAUAUUAUGAACACCUAAUCUGAGUAAGAAUGAAUGAGAAGAAUGUACAGAUGGAAAGGCCGACCUGUAAAUUUAAAUAGAGUCUGGUAAGAAAAUCCUCUCAUUUUUACUAAAAAUGACCAAUUAUGAACGUUAUGAAGAUUGUGGUUGGAUAUCCCCAUUAUUGUUGUCAAAGUUCUAUUUCAAAGCCGGCAAGUACGUUUUCCUUGCAAACAUGUUGAUGCUCCAUGAAGAAGCACUUUUAAUAAGGCCAUUUAAUAGAUAGAAAUCAUUUUCUACUCUUUCUCAAUGGCUGUAUGGUACUAAUCGAUGAGCCUGUAUAAAAUUCUUAUAGUAUGGCUGUAUUGGACAUUGCUUUCACUAUACUGUUCUUGCAAAUGAAAAUUAAGCAUAUCUUUCUAGUUUA